AUGAAUUAAGUCUAAUAAACCUUUAAAAGAUUCGACAUUUUUGGUUAAGAAAUACGACUCUUAGCCACCGGUUAAUCAGCUUUUAGAACCAAUAUUGGUGCAUUUAUGACCUUAGUACUUUUUACCAUACUUGCCUACUCUUGUAAUUCUUUUAUUUUAGAAAUGAAUAAAGGAAAAAAUGCUAUUCUGAAUUCUAAAGAUGCUGUUAUAUCAGGUGAAGAAGUAAUAAACUUGAUUAAAUGUUAGGGCUAUACUUUUAAUUCUUCUGAACUUAUCUUUGCUGUUGGAUUAUUAGACAAUAUGGGAUAACCCAUUCCUAAUGACAAUAAUAAAGUCUUCUCAAUUAGUUUUUAUUAUUGUAAUAAGUCAUUGACAGAAACUGAAUGUAUAUUUAUCCCAGGAACUAUUUGUGGUAACAGAAUUUAGGAAGUCUCACUUGUAAAAAUAUUUCAUAAAUAUAGCAAUUAAAUAUACCAAAAGGAUAUGAAAAUAUUACUUACUGUAUGGAUGAAGAAUAUAUUAAACAAAAUCCAGAAAUAAGAAUUCAAGGUUCUACCAGAUAAGAUAAUUUCACCUUAUUGGGAGCAUUAGUUUAAAGAUGUUAAAAUAGCACUGAUUAUAACAGUAAAUUCCUUUUUUUAAUUUUAGAUUGUGCAUCCAAUGAUGAUAUUGAUUAAUAUAUAAAAAAUGCCAACCUUUACUACUCUUAUUCAUUUCAUUAAUUUAAUAAGGAAUUAGAUGAUUCUCCUUAUGAAAAAGCAUAAAGUAUAGAUGUUACGCCCAUGUAUUACAAAGUGCGAAAAUAUAUUAAAAUAUAUUUUUAAUACUCUUAAAGUUAAUUAGAGUAUAAUCCCUUUUAUUUCUUUCCUUCUUAUGAAAAACAUGAUGGUUUUGAAUAUUAAAAUACAGCUAUUGAUUCUGCUUUAAAUUUUGAAGAUGACAGUAGUUUUGCUUAACUUGAAAUUAAUUUAGAUGCUAAAAAAAGAAUUCAUUUCAUUACCUAUCAAACUUUAAUGGAUGUAGCUGCAAAAAUUGGUGGUUUCUUUACUAUUAUUAGAGUUAUUUUUGAAAUUGCACUAUUUCCUAUCUAAUCUAUUCUUUAUAGACUCUAUUUAAUAAAUUGUUUAACUCAUCAAUAAAAUAGUAUCAAUUCUAAUAAUUCUGAUACUCCUAAAAAUAAUACGAAAAAUUACUUAAACUUCUGUAGAUUAAUUAAAUCAAGUAAAGCAAGAUUGUUUUAUCUUAACUAAUCUCUUGUGAUUGAUAAAUUUUUGGACAUAACAGAAAUACUUAUUAAUCCCUUAAGGUUUACACGUUAAGUAGAAGAUUUGUAUGGUUCUAUUAAGAGAUUUGAUUUAGUAAGUGCUCGGCAAAAUAACCUUAAUAUUAAUUAGCAAAUUGAUGAAUUGGUGGCUAAUAAUAAUGAAUUUGUUGAUCUUAAAAGCAUGAGUCCAAGAACUAUAAAUUAAGAAAUCAAAUUCGGAAGUCUAACAAAUUUUAAAGUUCCUCAACUUUAGAUUAAUUGA